CGCCCCGCUGUGCUGCCUGCUCCCUUCGCCCCGCUCUCACCCGCCUGCCUGUCCCAGAGCCGCUGCGCUACGGCGGAAGGCGGAGGUGCUCUGCCUGCCCUUCAGGUAUCUGAAGAAAUAGCCUGAAGAUGAACUUCUUCCUGGAAACAUUAAAAUGUAUUGUACUUCUUGUUUACUACUUGCUGGAGUCACUGGUGUUCUUGGUUGUUCCUGGACGGAAGAAGAAUGUUAGUGGUGAAAUCGUAUUAAUAACAGGAGCGGGAAGUGGCAUUGGAAGACUCUUAGCGUUGAAGUUUGCCAGCCUUGGCGCCACGGUGGUCCUCUGGGAUAUUAAUCAAGAGGGGCUCAACUGCACAGUUAGACUGGCCAGAGAAAAAGGAGCAGGAAGAGUACACUCCUAUGUCUGUGACUGUAGCAAAAGACAGGAUGUCUACAGACUAGCUGACCAGGUUAAAAAAGAAGUUGGUGAUGUCAGCAUCUUGAUCAACAAUGCUGGUAUUGUAAUUGGGAAGAGAUUUCUUGAUUCUCCAGAUUCACUCGUAGAAAAAACCAUGGAAGUGAACACAAUGGCACACUUCUGGACUUACAAAGCCUUCCUCCCAGCAAUGAUUGCUGCUAACCAUGGACACUUGGUUAGCAUAGCAAGCGGUGCAGGACUGUGUGGAACCAGUCAGGCUUCAGAUUACUGUGCAAGUAAAUUUGCAGCAGUUGGUUUUGCAGAGUCAGUUGAUACGGAGAUGAGAGCUCUGAGAAAGACUGGUGUUAAGACAACAACUGUGUGUCCUUAUGUCAUAAACACGGGAAUGUUUGAUGGUGUUAAAUCCAAGUGGCCACAUGUGCUUCCUGUUCUGGAGCCAGAGUAUGUGGCCGAGAGGAUAAUCAGUGCUGUUCGGCAGAACCAAGAAGUCUUGUUUAUACCACGCAUCAUCUAUGUUUUCUAUUUUUUGAAAAGUUUCCUACCAGUGAAAGUGACUGUUCUUCUUUUAGACUACUUUGGACUCCUUGAUCUCAUGAAUACCUUCAAAGGUCGACCAAAGAAGGAGUGAAAAAGCACAAAAAUUCAGAGACCAGCAGCUCUAAAGGUCUUUCCUUCCGCUCUCGGCAAGAAAACUCAUGGAAGGAUCACUGUGACAGCCAAACAAGAAGAUAAAACUUGAAAAGGAAGAGCAUUUCAUUUGUGACAGCAUAAUGUCUGACUGCUGGACGAUAUAUCAGGCAGCUCCUACAAAAAACUUACUGGUUUCACGGCCAUUGCCUGAAAUUUUAAAUAGUCUCUCCGCAAAAAUGACUGUCCCAAAUUUGACUGGGAUGGCUGCAUUAGCCUAAUAAUAAUGGUUAUGGUGAUUCAAAAGCAAUCCAUGGUAUUUUAUUGCAUGCUGUAUUUCUUUUCCAUGUGAGAUCAUAUUCCUGUGGUAGCAGAAAUCUUUCUGUCCCCUAAUACUUCAAAACAUUGAGAACAUAGUACCAAGAAAAAUUAACUUGAUUAAAUCCUCUGAACAAGAUUGAGAAGGGAGACAAACAAAAAAGCAGCAGCUGAGAUACAAGCUCCAUUAUUAUUUUAUGAAUUUGGAAUUCAUACCCAGGAGCUAUGUGCACCUGCUUGGAAUCUGGUGUUCAUGGUGGUCUGGUUUCAUUUUAGGAAGGAGCCAAGCAGAUAGCUCUUUGGUAACUUUCUUCAGGGCAGUUGAUCUUCCAAAGACACCAAUGUGAACUGCAUAGUUUGCUAAGCAGCUGUUCAAAGCCAUAGGCUUUGUAAAAUAAGCAUUUCAACAAAAUAACUUAGCUUCUCUCACUGUUUUUUUCUUUGCUGUCACAAUCAAGACAAAUUAUUUUGGAUCCACAGUUACCAGAUAUUCUAGGAAAAUGCGGGAUUACUGUCUCUCAGGUGACACUUAAAAAUGUGUUAUCAAUGCCUCAGUAGGUGGGGUAGCACUACAAGCAGGGACUUCUGUCCACUCACUGCAUGACACACUUUCUGUCUAGUCUUAGGUGUCUCCAGCUUGAUUAUAUUUUCUCUGCCUUUCAAAGCUUCCAAGCUAAGAGCCUGAACUUCUGUGAUAGCCUGCGGCCUAUGGCUGAGGAAAACAUGGCUCUGCCUAGAGAAGAGAAGAGGAAAAAAAAAAUCACACCUUCUUCCUUUGCCCUUGGCAAUAUCACACUAGGAGGAGCACCCUCAGGAUUGCUACAGAGCUGUUGAAGACAAAGGUGUGACAAGGACAGAAGUUGUAUGCCAUGGUGCUCUGUGUUGUUGCAUCUGCUGGAUAGUUACUACUUGAUUUAAACAAACCUUGAUUCUUGGUACAGAAAUUCCUUGGUUCUGUGUUGAGAAAUUUCACCCCUUAUCCAAGGUCAGGCAUAACCAUAUCUAAGGAAACAUUCUUCUGCAGGAUUUGUAGUGGAGUAGUCUUCCAUAAUCCCUGCCCAGGAAGGAAGAACCCUAAGAUAUAUUGUUACACUUUUGCCUCUCCAUGUCUUGGGGUCCAGAGGCAGCAACCCUGGCUUUGGCACAGAAAGAAGAAUCAACAGAGCCAGAGCACGAGCAGCAGCAGCAACCCUGUCAACACAUGCAGCCAACAACAAUUAAAGAGGUUCUAGCUGAACAAGUUUGGCCUGUUGGUACCAUAAACUUCAUGCCUAGAAGGUGCCAUUUUCUAGGCUACCUGGGUGAUGGUGCAGUUCCCCUGGGCAGGUAUCUGCAUCACCUCUAUUAACUGUAUUGCUGUAAAGGCAGCUUGCUCAGAGAUCAAUGCAAGGUGAUACAUGAUAGCUGAGGAAUCUGUUGAGCACAUGGUCUUUAAUGAUUGUUCCCCAGAAAUGGGAAUUCUCGUUGGAAGGUUAACAUGGAAGGUCUUCUCUGUAUUCUAGAAAACACACUUUGCAUUAUUUAUUGUCUGCAUAUUUCUGUCAUGAUAAGGAUGAUUAACCCUGAAGCACACUCAUGCAAUUCACCAUGCACAGCUAAUAAAGUUACAAAACUGAUUUGAAUCAUGCUACAGUUACUGCAGAAUGUCCUACCUGUGUUUUGCGGAGCUUCUAACAAGUUAAGAGAAAGCUGUCAAUUCCAAGAAAUCACAUCUGUCAAGGGUGCUGUAUGCAGAAAGAGCAAAUAUCACUAGAAUAGUCAGGUGAGGUGCUUGUUUGCAGGUUUUCCUUCAGGAAGUAUGUAAUUUCUACCCUCUGGUAUUUAGUCAGUCUCUUAACAGAGGAUGGGAGUAAUUGACACUGUGCCUAGUUGAAAUUUCUGUGUUAAAAUUUCCUUAAAACAAAAAAACAAAACAAAAAAAACACCCACCAAGUUAAUUCCACCAAAAAGAAAAUAAAAAUACUUGAAGCAGUUAGGGCCUGCUGUAGCAAUUAUCUCCACCGGCAGCAAGAGGCAGAAAUCUGUUUCCAACCUCGCUUCUGAGCCAAGGGCUUGGAAGACAGCUAUGAAACCAGUUUAUUCAACCUUUAUUUUUUCCACGUUGACAAUGAAAUGUCUGACUGCCCUCUUUCAUGCUUUUAGAUCCAGAUAAUUUUAUCUUCAAUGACAUUUAUUACAACAUCUUAGGGAUUAUGGAUUGGUCCUUAGCAUUCAGGUAAUUGUAAAAACAAAGUAUCUUUGCUUUUAAUUUGUGUGUGAUUGUAAUUCUGCCUGUCUAAAUGGGUCAAGUUUUCAGCUCCCAUUCAAAGGGGAGAGAGCACUUAAACAAUUGCUUCACAUUCA